CCUCCCCUGUUGUGAAGAAUUCCAUCACAAAGAAUCAGUGGCUCUUAACACCCAGCAGGGAAUAUGCCACCAAGACAAGAAUUAGAAUUCAGCAUGGGAAAACUAGCCAAGAACUCAAGGAGACAGCUUUGGAACAAUCAUUGGAAAAAAUAUUUUAGAUUGAUCAGAUGGAAAGAUGGUUUAUUGCUGCAGUUGGUCUUGGAGCUUUGUGCUACUAUGGCUUGGGAGUGCCAAUGUCUAAUGAGGUUGGAGCUAUUGAAAAAGCUAGCUUUGUCUGCCCUGGCUGUGAGCAGAACUUCUGCUCUCAUGAACUUCAUGAUGAGAGGCUGUUGGGUGACAACUGGUGCAACCUUUGCAUGCAUGAUUGAAGCUGGAAUGCUGGUAAGGAGCCCAGGCCCAAAGCAUCUUGCUUGGUUACUACAUUCUAGUGUGAUGGGUGCAGUGGUGGCUCUUCUUAUGAUAUUAGGGGGGCCUCUUCUUGUCAGAGCUGUAUGGUACAUGGCUGGCAUUGUGGGAGGCCUCUCCACCAUGGCCAUGUGUGUGCCCAGUGAGAAGUUUUUGAACAAGGGAGCACCCCUGGGUGUAGGCCUGGGUGUCGUCUUUGUGUCCUCACUAGGAUCUGUGUUUCUUCCACCUACCACUGUGGCUGGUGCCACUCUGUACUCAGUGGCAAUUUAUGGUGGAUUAGUUCUUUUCAGCACAUUUCUCCUGUAUGAUACACAGAAAGUAAUCAAGCAUGCAGAAGUAGUACCAGUGUAUGGAGUUAAAAAAUAUGAUCCUAUCAGUUUGAUGUUGGGAAUCUACAUGGACAUUUUAAAUAUAUUUAUGCAAGUUGCCAGUAUUCUAGCAACUGGAGGCAACAGAAAGAAGUGA